AUGGUGUUGGAAACUUGCGUCUCGUUUCGUCCCAGACGCAAGCAUGAGUGUCGUCCUCAUUCCACGCUGUUGCGAAUUUUCCGUCUUGAUAAACUAAUAAUUAAAGACCAACCUGAUUGGUCUUGUGUCAUCGAAGAAAUGCUUAGGAAAGUCGCCGUCAAAAAACCUACAUUAUGUAUUCAAAUGAAAAUGAGAAUGUUGGAAAUGAGUUGUUGGAAGACCAGAAAAAAAUCAGAACUUGACACCAAUAGUUCUGCUGAUGCAAUAACUACUCAAGCAUCAAAUAACGAACAAGAUUCAUCCAAUGGCGAUCCAUAUACUGAUCCAAGUCAUGAAGGUGAUGAUUCAGAACAUAAUAGAUUCAUAUCUCCAACUUCAUGCCUUCCCGAAGACCCUUUCGCUAAUGAAAAUGUUAUUAUUACGAACGUUCCUCUGC